GAACCCCUAGCUACUUCCUGUCUCCCACACUGCUGCCUAACGCACACGCACUCUCCUUUCUCUGAAACACUCAAAAGAACACGCUCUCAUCUUCUCUUCUCAUUUUGGGAACCCUAAUUCUGCUUCUUCCUCGCAUCAAUGAAGCGACCUUAUUAUAUCAAUCCCACCACCAACACCUGCUUCUCCUCCAAAUUUACCCCAAAAUUUACCAUCAACUUCGACUCUGUUCUUCCCUCCAAACCCAGAACUCUCACGUUCAAAGCCUGCUCCUUUCGCUCCCCUGAUUCCUCUUCCUCCCACACCGAAACCCUAAUCUCAAUCCUACGAAAAGUUCCUGAUUGGGCUGAUCGUGUGAAGGAGCGUGGCAUGCAAAAGAAUCGAACCCUUUACGACCACGAGAAAUGGGUUCAGCACAGAAGCUCUCUACGCCACCUCCGUCACCUUCUGUCCAGUCUUUCUUCUCGUGUUAUCUUGUCGCUGGUGCCGCCGGUGAUUGCUUUUACUACGUUUGCUGUACUGAUUGCGAGUUAUAAUUCUGCGGUUUUGACGCAUUGGCUGCCGGAUUUUUUCCCCGUGUUGAGGGCUUCCUCAUUGCCGUACCAGUUGACGGCGUCGGCAUUGGCACUGCUGUUGGUUUUUAGAACUGAGGCGUCGUAUUCGAGGUUCAUGGAGGGAAAGAAGGCUUGGACGAAGGUGAUUUCUGGGACACAUGAUUUUGCUAGGCAGGUGAUGGCGGUGGCCGAGUGUCCUGGUGAUUUACAUAUCAAGAAGGCACUGCUGCAGUAUAUCAUGGCAUUUCCAAUGGCGCUCAAGUGUCAUGUAUUAUGUGGCUCAGAUAUUAAGAGAGACCUCCAACAUGUGCUGGAAGUAGACGAUCUUGCAUUAGUUAGUAGUUCAGAACAUCGUCCUCGAUGUAUCAUCGAGUUUAUCUCUCAAAGUCUUAAACUGCUGAAGUUGGAGGGUUCGAUAAGGAAUGUCUUGGAAUCAAAGAUCACUUGUUUCCAUGAAGGAAUUGGUGUCUGCGAACAACUUAUGGGUAUUCCCAUCCCACUGUCAUAUACCCGUUUGACCUCAAGGUUUCUUGUCCUUUGGCAUUUAACGCUCCCUAUCAUACUUUGGGAUGAUUGCCAUUGGAUAGUGGUUCCUGCCACCUUUGUUAGUGCUGCCUCUUUGUUCUGCAUUGAGGAAGUUGGGGUUCUUAUAGAGGAGCCAUUCCCAAUGCUUGCCCUUGAUGAACUCUGUGCAAAGGCCCACAAAGACAUUCAAGAAGCAAUGGCAGCUGAAAAUUUGAUUCAAGCACAGAUUGCCGCAAAGCGAAACCGCCACUCAAAGGAGCAUUCACCAAAUGGUUGGCCUAACUCCUAGAUGGAAAAGAAACUUUGAUGUGAUCAUCUUCUCUAACUUCAGCUUCUUAUUAGGCGGUACUGUAUAUAUUAUCAGCCAAGUUGAUACUAGGAACGUGGCUCAUUUUGUAAAUACCUCAUCACAUUUGCACACAUAGAAGUUUGACCAUCUCUCCAUGAAUGAUCAGUAAGUUCGCCAUAAUCAUGCUUUAUGCAUGUUUUGUUUAUAAGUUUACUCCGCGUAUCAUGGUCUUGUGCGACUGAAAGUGAUACAUGUCAAAUUGUAUAUUUUAGUUAGGACACGUUUUGAUUCCGUUGGAUAACUCAAUAUUAGUUACUAAACGGGAUUAGAAGUAUAAAUCUCCCUUAAGAUGUACUGGUAAGGUUGUUGAAUAAUAUACUCGGGCGUGUUUCUCUCUCUC